UGUUUUUCUCGGAUGAUAUUCGCAGAUGACAGCAUUUCUUUUUACAAGGGAUGUACGUCUGAUGCAAUUUGUACCAAUCAAGAGAAACAAAACGUACACAGUUGUUACAAUUCAAAUGGCCUACGUAAUUGUUAUUUUUGUUGCCUUGACAACUAUUGUAAUGACAACACACUUGGGAGAAGAACAAAAGAGAUCUUGUUUUACAUCCCAGUGACUAUGGCUGAGUUAAAUUCUUCAUAUUUCUCUCUGGGUUAUAAUACUAGUAUUACAGCCUCGCUAGAUAAUAUGCGGAAAAGAAUUCUGUCCAAUUUUAACAAGAGCAGUUGCUUCUUUUCGAGCGGUGAUAUUUCUGUACAACAUGUAGGUCCACCACAGUUCACCAUCCAUUUCAAAGCUUCCUGUACAACGUUAAAUGAGUAUAAAGAGAAAGAUAUCACAGUCGGAUUAGAUAUAUAUCUGAAAAGCUUGCCCACAAAUUCUGGAUUUCCACAGAAAAUAGUCAACAUCAGUGUUUACCUCGGGGGAGCUGGUGUCUGUGAGUCUGAGAGGACAGGAAAUUACGUCAUAAAUGGUGUUUGGCCUGCCACUCAGUAUGGGGAUACAGCACAAAUCUACUGUGCGGACAACGUUAUCGUAACACGAAAUUGCACAGAGUAUGGCUGGUCACCUCCUCCAAAUAGCACUGAAUGUUCCAUAAAGCAAGCAACAACUAUCACUCCCAGCACAAUCUUCACGACAGCCACUCCCAGUCUGCCGUCCUUAGAGGAGAUCUCUGAACGUAUUGUGGAUGACGAAUCCGCAGAUGAAAUUGCCGAACAGCUAUACAAGCAAACUGUGGAGGCAGAUAAAUUUACAGACAGAGAAAUAAACAUAACAAUUUCUCUGCUGGAGGAACUUGAAGGACUCCAGAGCACGUUCAUAACAAGAGACAGAGAAAGAAAUAUCGUAAAAAUAAUGAGUAACGUCCUGAGUACUACAGAGACACAGUUCAGUCUCUCGGAAAAGAGGUUUAAAUCCGCCAGCAGAUUGCUAAAUUCUGUUCAGAAAUUAUCAAACUUUACGAACAUACUAAAAGAAGAUUUCAAAGAAAUUGCUUCGAACAUAGGUAUAAUAGCAACAUCUAUAAACAGCACCGAUUUUAAUGGAAUAUCUUUGGCCUCUUUGGACCUUCCUAGCGAGGAACUAAAUCUGUCAAAGCUAAUAUUGACAAAGAAUGGUACCGUUCAAUCGGACUCUGUAUCUUGGAUCAUUCUUCCUAGGCAAUUAAUAUCUGAGUUACCGUCUAACACAACACCAACAAGGGUAACACUGACAGCUUUUAAAAACGACAGAAUAUUUCGAGCAAUACGCUCAAACGCAAAAGGAGAUCCCCAUACGGUGGAAGGAAUUAUAUAUCGACUUCAACCAAACAGCAUUAUUCUGGCAGUACAAGUUCCCGGUGUCCAUGUGGAUAAACUAGUUAAUCCAAUAGAAAUGAGAUUUCAACAGAAUGCCAAGACCACAGAAAAUGCAACUGCAGCUUGUGGGUAUUUUCUUGAUGCGGGUCCUAACAAAGGCUAUUGGUCAAGCGAAGGUUGCAAGGUCAAAGUUCACUUACCAGGAGAAUACACAGAAUGUCAGUGUGACCAUCUCACGAACUUUGCCUUGUUGAUGGAUAUGUACCGUGUUGGAGGAGAUAUCAGUGCAGUCAAUAAGAUGGCCUUGACCUAUUUGUCUUAUCUGGGUUGUGGAAUCUCCCUAAUAGGCCUCGUUCUGACCCUUCUCACAUACUUCAUGUUCAGAAAAUUACGCAGUACCAACCCAGGAAAAAUAUUAGUAAAUCUUUGUAUUGCCAUUACUGCCACAGACUUGAUAUUUCUGGUUGGUCAACAGGAAUACACCCUGAAGAGUGACAUAGGCUGCAAGAUUGUUGCUGCCUCUCUUCAUUUUUUCCUUCUAUCUGCCAUGUGUUGGAUGUUAAUAGAGGCUUACUAUCUGUAUGUUGCUCUGAUUCAAGUGUUCAACACGCACAUUUCACUAUUUAUUUUGAAGACAACUUCCGCCGGAUGGGGUACACCUUUGAUAAUUGUUGCUGUAACACUAGGUGUGAAUAUAGAAAACUACGGUACUCAGGGAGGAGGAAUAUGUUGGUUGAAUCCAAUAGCAUUUUACGCUGCCUUUCUUGCACCUGUUGGUGUAAUUAUGAUUAUAAAUCUUAUAAUAUUUGCCAUGGUUCUCCAUCGACUUUCUGGAGCGGCCUCAAAAAACCUUAACAAGUCAAAAGCCACGAAAACAUCAUCGCGCCUGCGCAGAGCAGCAACUUUAGCUGUCAUGUUGGGACUGACAUGGCUGUUUGCUUUUCUGGCCUUCGAUGGAGGGGCACCAGUUUUCCAAUAUCUGUUUACAAUUUUCAACUCUCUUCAAGGGUUAUUCAUCUUUGUAUUUCAAUGUUUGCUGAAGGCGGACGUUCAGGAGGCCUGGAAAAGAGCUUGCUGUGAUGGUUUUGAAGACAAGAUCUCCAAAACAUCCAAAGAUUUUCCCAGCAGUAGAGAUGACAAAUCUACAGUAGCUUUGUCAAACAUGGACGUCAACGCCAGACAAAGAGAGAAAACAGGAAGUGACGUAGCCAACAAAAACCAUGACAAAGAACACGCAGCACUGCUUAUGUCUCCGACUUCGUAAAACAGACAAAAUCAUUGCAGGAGAGACUUCAAACAAAACGAACAACUGUUUGCUUUCAAAUCUUGUUUUGAGACAAUAGAGAUCGUUUUCUUUAAAUGAACAAGAAUUCUCUUUUCAUCUCAGGCAUUUUACAUGCAUCGACAUUAAAUUAAAGUUUUA